CUCCCUGCAUUCCGUUUCGCUGCCCUUCACUUCUCCCGUAUUACUCCUUCCUCUGCUCCUUCUCAAUUCUCAGUCAUCGCCGUCGCAUAGCCAUCGGGAUCUUGCCGCCUUUGCCCUUCCUUGCUCGAUUUAGCUUGUCGAGUGCCGAGGCGCCACCUUGCUCCUUCCUCUGCUCCAAACCCUUCGAGGCCCGUUCCCGCCUUCCUUGACGGCUGCUCGUUUUGGGGGAAUCUUUGGCCGUUUUACUUCUUGGAGCUAUAAUCAUUUCGUUUUCCUUCCUACGGAUCAUACCGGAGCUGAAUUUUUUUUUUCCGUGGUUCGUUCGCUGCACGAUUUCAGCUAUUCUGAUGGCGGGUUGAGAAGUUACCAGCUGCAACUACAGCGUGCGGGUUGAAACAGAAGACUCAUGGCUGAUUGGGAAGAAGAAGAUUUUGAACCAGCAGCUCCAGGAUUAGUUACCAUUCAACCAAAGAACUAGUGGGACGAUGAGGAUAUGGAAGAUGAUAAUAUUAAAGAAUCCUGGGAAGAUGAGGAAGAUACUAUGGAGUCACCAAAGCCAGAACAAGCUGCAAACCCUACUGUUUCAAAAACAGAAGUCAAAAUUGCUGGGAAGAAAGACAAACUGGCCGAAGCUAAGACAGCUGAUGUACCUGUUAAAGUUCUAGCAGACUCUGUCGGUGAAAAACUUCGCCUACAAAGACUUGUUGAAGAAGCUGACAACAGAUCAACUGCAGAGUUGUUUGCUAAGAAAGGUGAUCAGAAGACACUAGACGACUUUAUUCCUAAAUCGGAAAAUGAUUUUCUGGAGUACGCUGAGCUGCUCUCUUAUAAAAUUCACCCAUAUGAGAAAAGCUUUCAUUACAUUGGUCUUCUUAUAUCCGUCUUGAGGCUUUCCAUGACUUCACUAAAAGCCGCAGAUGCAAAAGAAAUAGCCGCCUCAGCUUCAGCGAUCGCAAAUGAGAAGCUUAAGGCAGAAAAAGAAGCCAACGCAGGAAAGAAGAAACAAGGUGCAAAGAAGAAACAGCUUCAAGUAGACAAGGCUGAUGAUGACUACAACACCACAGGCGGUUACGAUGAUGUGGAUGAUUACGACUUCAUGUGAGUUAUCUAGUUCUUUCUUUGUGCAAUUGCCCACUUCAACAGAUCACAAAGACUCGAUAUGUAAACUCGAGUUGGAGGACAAGGAGAAAAAAAAACAAGAGCGUCUCAAUGGAUUAUUUGUUGCCUGGUGCAAGGUAUACAUGCAUCCUGGAGUUGUUUUCAUAGCCAGUUCCAUGAUUGAGAUUAUUCCAAAUUCUCUCAAUGUGGUUUAGAUCAUAUGGGUUUAGGCUUAACAAGGGAUUUAACCAGGGCGUAGCCAAGAUUUAAAAUUACCUGAAGUUGAUCAUCAACGUUGGUGUUCCAACGACGAUGGUUGCGAAUGAGUCGUGACAUAGGCAGAGUCAACAUCGCUUGUGGCAGGGAGAGCAGUGAUGACAAAACUAUCAAUGGGGAUAGCAAUGAAUGUGAUGCCAUGGUAGUCAGGAGGAAGGUAUCGACGGUAGGAUCACGGCUGCAGCUGCGGCUACGCCAAUGUCCCAUAGAUAUAGCGCGCUAAUAAGGAGAAUGUUUGUCAUGGUUGUGCUAGUCAAGUCGUGGGUAGAUGCAUGCGAGGAGGGAUAAGGAAGGCGACGACACUGGCUAUUUGUGCAGCAGAUAGAGCAGUACACAUAUGGAGGUGAAGUAGUAAAUAAGGAAAAAUUUAGAUUUAAUUAAUAUUUUUGACAAUUCAAUAGGGAGAAAUAAGGAUUGAAAUGAAAUUAUUAUAGACCAUAUGAAUAAAAUAAUAUAAUGAGGAUGAGAUUGAAAUAAAAUUUAACUUGUAAAUUUUUAAAAUUGGGUGGCUCCGCCUGGAUUUAACUCUGGAAUAAAGUUUGAGUUUGACC